AUGGCCUACGCCGGCUCGGCCGUCCUGGAAGGGGACGCAGCUGCCUUCGCCGCAGCCGUCAGGAGCCUCAUCAACAACCCGCAGUUCAGCGACGUGACAUUUGUGGUGGGCAGGGAGAGGCAGGAGGUGUUCGCCCAUCGCUGCAUCCUCGCUUGCCGCUGCCAGGCCUUCCAGGGGAUGUUCAGCCAGCCCCAGCCUGAUGCCCAGGAGCCGUGGCCCCCCCAGGCCCCAUUGGUCCUCAGCCACGUGCAGCCCGAGGUCUUCCUGGCCGUUCUCGAGUUCCUGUACACCAACAGCGUGACCCUCAACAGCUUCAUGGCCCUGGAGGUGCUCACCUCGGCUGUGGAGUACGGGCUGGAUGACCUGAGGAAGCUGUGCGUCGAGUUCCUCACGGGUGCGCUGAGCGUGGAGCUGGUCUGCGAGGCGUUGCAGGCGGCUGUGACCUACAGACAGACGGACCUGCGGGAGCACUGCCUGGUGUUUGUGGAGGACCGCACGCGGGAGGUGGUGCAGACACGGAGUUUCCACGAGCUGUCGGCCGCGGCGCUGGUGGCCGUGCUGCGCAGCGACCGGCUGGCCAUCGACGAGCCGGACCUGAUCCAGGCUGUGCGGGAAUGGGCCCACGUCAGCUCGGCCGUCCUGGAGCGGCCGGUGGCAGAGGUGGCAGCGGGGCCGGUGCGUGAGCUCCGCCUGCCCCUGCUCUCGCCCCGCGAGCUGGCAGCCCUGGAGAGCCACAACCAGAGGGAUCCGCUCAUCCCGGUCGAGUGCAUCGCUGAGGCCUGGAAGUGCCACGCGUUGAGGAAGGGGAGCGGGGCGCCAUCCCGUCUGUGCCAGCGCCGCAGGGGCACCCAGCCCCGGGAGCACCACGGCUAUCUCGAGUGA